CACAGUACAAAAUGAAACGAGGAGGUCAAGUAAACAUGGCGACAAGGUCAAAGAAAGUGUGAAACGUGAAAGGGUUUCUUUCAUUUCCCCUCUCCCCUUUCUCCCUAUCCUCUUUUCGCCUAGUAGGGCUAUAUAUCUACCGAUUCACGCGUGAUCGAUCAUUGACCCAGCUCAAAAUCAAGAAGAAGAAGAAGAAGAUCAAUCUCAAAUCGCAACCACUCGAUUGGGUCGAAGCCAUGGCCGCACCUGCUCGUUUGGUGGUUCUUCUGGUAGCAGCAGUAGCUCUUGCCGCCGGAGGAGUUGCCGGCAAUUCCGAAGGCGACGCGCUCUACGCCCUCCGCCGGAGCCUGUCUGACCCGGAUAAUGUGCUCCAGAGCUGGGAUCCGAAUCUGGUGAACCCUUGCACCUGGUUCCAUGUCACUUGCAACCAUGAGAACCACGUUACCCGCCUGGACCUUGGCAACUCAAACCUAUCCGGCCACCUGGUGCCUGAUCUUGGGAAGCUUGAACAUCUGCAAUAUCUUGAACUCUACAAAAAUAACAUUCAAGGCAAAAUUCCAGACGAGCUUGGUAACUUGAAGAACCUUAUAAGUUUGGAUCUGUACAACAACAAUAUGUCUGGGUCCAUUCCUCCGUCAUUGGGAAAGUUGAAAAGUCUUGUGUUCCUGCGUCUCAACAAUAAUCAGUUAGCAGGGCAAAUUCCAAGGGAACUUAUUCAUCUUUCUACCCUUAAAGUCGUGGAUGUGUCAAGCAACAAUCUAUGUGGAACAAUUCCGACCACCGGUCCAUUUGAGCACAUUCCACUAAACAACUUCGAGCAUAACCCGCGGCUGGAAGGCCCAGAGCUGAUGGGACUUGCAAGCUACGACACGAACUGCUAAAUAGAGACGGACGCAUUAUAUCUACUCAUAUAAAAGCUGGAAUAUCAUUUGGUUAGUAAAUAUGUAAUCUCUGUACUGCCCUAAGUCCUAAUCUGUGACAGCUUUUGUUCCUUGUUGAUGUAAGAAGAUCUGUAUCCAUGUUUACAAUGAUUUGUGUAAUGUUUUUAUGCUUUUGCCCGAACUUAAUUAUGACAAUGAGAGUUAUUGUUAUGUAUUA